AUGCCAUCUGAAAAGGAACAGUUUUUUUGUGAUGAAAAGCGAAUGAAUUUGUUAAACCACAAUGCUGCAAAGAAUUUUUCUAUGGAUACUGCUUUGGCAAAAGCACUGGUGAAUGAUCCUUUAAGUAUGAUGACUAAACCAGCAAUUUUAGAUGUCAGUCCCUCUUACGAAUUAAAAAAUGUGAAGAUUCAUUUACCUAAGGUGAACAUUCCGAAUGAAGUAUUGAUGAAACAUGAAGUUGAUAGAUUUCGAAAACUCUUUCAGUGUAAACAACAAACUGCAAGGAAGUCCUUAAGUCUAGAGAAAAUAAAUGGAAGCAAUCCCAGUUGUUCAGAGGGAAGCCACUUGCAAAGUACACCAGAAGUGCAAUUUGAAGAAGGGUUGAAAACCACAGCGAAGGUACUGAAUUUCAUGUGCACAAAGUGCAAGGAUAGUAUUAGGUACAGUCCAAAUGAUCUACAGAAGCAUUUCCAGCUGUUACACUGUGGCGAGCUGCCUUUGUAUCCUUGUGAGAUGUGUAACUUCUCAGCUAAUGACUUUCAGUCCUUCAAACAGCAUAGACGCACCCAUCGUAGCACUUUAGUAAAAUGUGAGCUCUGUAACGAUGAGCGUAUGUACACUUUGUUGGAGCUGACAAAACACUUCACAUCAAAGCAUUGUUUAAAUGGUCACUUUCAAUGUGAAAAAUGCGGGUUUUCUACCCAGGAUGUCGGCACGUUUGUUCAGCACAUUCACAGACACAACGAUAUUCUGUAUAAAUGUGGAAAGUGCCAUCAUGUAAGCUUUACAAAUGAGGAGUUCCAGAGACAUCAUCAUCUUCAUACUAGUGCGUUUCCUUUUGGUUGUCAAUAUUGCAGUUACAGCACGCCUCAGAAAGAUUAUCUUUUAAAACACAUCAUAGCUCUGCAUGGAGACCACUUAUAUGCAAAAGAAAAACUGGAAAAGGAUAAAUGUGAAAAAAGAGUAGUGAAGACUCCAGCAGGACUGAAACUUGUGUUAAGAAGGUAUAAAAUGGGAGCGUCAAAAAAAGCACUCUGGAGACGGAAAAAAGUAAGCGGUGGAAGUGACAAAACUGGAGAAAAAAUUGCACAAGUGCUAAGAAGUGUUAAUGAAAUUCAAACAAAAUCUGAGGAGUUGAACCAGUAUGUUAGAGAUGUGGAACCAAAUGAAGAAAAAGAUCAAAUUAUGUUUACAGAAAAGCAUAAUUUCAUGGGCGGAAUGCUCUCUGCUACUGCUGCACAAUACGAUAAAGAAGAUUAUGGAACAAGUUAUGGCCUGGGAUUAUUGAAAAAUGCUGUUCAUGGGCCAACAGUAUUGAUGGUCAAAAACAAUAAAAUAGCUGUUCCAGCAAAUUACAGUGCUAAAUUUAUGGGAUUUAAAGUGGUCGAUGGAAAACAACAUAUUGUUAUAAAGUUACUACCUACAAGUAAGCAGAAUGUACAUUUGUUGGGUCAGAAAGCUGAUCCUAUUAAAGAUGGUUCUCCAACUCCUUUGCUACAGACUGCCGAUCCCUGUGGCUUGUCUCCAGGUGCUAUACCACAUGUACACGAUCAGUCAACCUUAAAGAACAAUUCUGUUCACCCAUUAAUCUCCUCUCCAUUUUCUUGUUCUGUUCCUCGUUCAGGAAAAAAAAAAGAGGAAAAGCAAAAUAACUCCUUAUUGUAUGGUAGGAGUGUUUCUCAAACUGUAGCACCUUCUAAUGUAGCCGUAAGAAAAAGCUCAAAUUAUUUGCCAAUGAAGUUGGACACAACUGUACCUUCACAUGAUGGGGUGACUAAAGUUGGAACUCGAAGUAAUGUCUCAUGGGGAAGCUAUGGUCCUCCGAGUCAUCCUCAGGUAUUACCACCCACUGUUUCAAAUGGGUUUCACUAUGACCCUAUGAAAAUGCCCUUUUUUCCUGAACUGAAAAUACAGAAUGGUGGUCUGAAUAAUAGCAACGGAGCGAAUAAUCUCUAUUAUUCAACUUCAGUGGAUUCUUCUAACGAAAGGUUGCUGUCUUUUCACAACUAUUCCAAAAUGGACACUUUGGAUGAUCCACAUAACAUUUGGAUGUCAACAGAUGACAGAUACAAAGAAAUUCUAUCUAGCAAAACAGUUUCUUUUAAUCACAGGAAGAGAAGAGAAUCUGCAUCGUCAUAUUCAGAGUUGAUGAAAGGCUUAAAACAAGAGAAAGUUGUAUCGGCUCAGUCAAAUAUCAAUAAAACUUACAGACACAUAAACACUAAGAAUAACUCUUUGUCUCCUAAAAGCAAAUCUAAAUCUGUUGUUGACAGCAAGUGUUUUACAGAGGACCAGCAUAAUGGCCAGCAGUAUUUGGAUGUUAACAUACAUCAAGGCUUUGAGAAUAUAUCUGGGGAAUUCCAAGAAAAUGCCUCUGAUUGCGUUAACUCGGUCUUAAUGCCUAAAAUCACAUCUGUUUUCUCCUUGCAGAGUGAACAGGCAACCAAUUAUUUAUCACCUGAAAUAAACCAGGUGUUGCAAGAUGUGUUAAAAGUGAAAGCAACUACUCAGCAGGACUCCCACAGCACGUCAAAUAACUGCAUAAAUCUUCAUUCUGACAAGGUGCUUUCUGGUCAGGAAACAGGGAAUAAAGCCUUUACCCAUUUAAAAAGCUCAGCUACUACAUGUGGUUUUCAAAGGACUCCUCCUAGUGUAGGCUUUCAAUUAUACCAGAGAGAGUUGAACAUGAGGUGUAGCACAAAUGAAGGUAUGCAUUGUGGAAGAGAAAGACAGACAUCCAGAACAUUUAAUUCACAGGGAAUGGAUAAAUUAUCCAGAACUCGAGGUUUUGGUAUGUUGUCAAAACCUCAUGCAGAUGCAAUCAUAACCCAUCAGUUAGUAAAAGAUAAAAUAUUGUCUAGAACCCAAAAUCCUGGCAGCUUUUCGCCAGUUCUUCAGGAACAGAAGAAGCCCCUUUUAGUUCAGUCCUCUCCAUCAGGAUUUUUUGUUCCUUUGCACCUUGGUAACCAGCCCGGACUUCAGGUGGUUUCAGGAAAAUCUUUUCCAUCAACCAGUUCAUCAGACGGGCAUGUGGCUAAAGGUGUACCUGCAUCUUUUGUUUUAAAUAAAAGACCUGGAAUGAUUUUGACUGUUAACGGGGCAAUUGGAGCAGUUGCAGAUGUCCCUAGUGAUAGUUCUCAGGUUUUAGGGACAGUUGCAUCCAGAGAAUAUGCUAAAAUAACCAUACCAGCUGCAAAAGUGGAGGGGGAAAAUGACAGUUUGGGAAGCAUAGGAAGUUCCUGUGGUAGGAAGGCACGUGGUACAGCAAAUGACUCACUGAGUAGCACACCAUUCAAAGGACCUUUUGUAGUUACAAACUCAUCAGAGUCAUCUGUGAAAGGCAUUUCUGCUGUGAAGGUGUCAGAGGAUCAAGAUGCUGUCUUUGGUUCCUUGGAGUCCAUGAACCAGCAGGAAAUUAAACGGAAACAACACGUUUAUGCACUUUUGCCUGAUGGACAGCAGGCAGUUUUUCUGAAAUGUGUGUCACCAAACAAGCCUGUAGUUUGUAAACAGAGUGUUUUUCAGGAUAAUGAUCAUUAUCAAAAUUGUCAACCAAAGAAAACUGGAGCCAUGCAACAAAAGCUUUUGCUGAGAACUAAGACUUCUGCUUCAGACACACUGGCUGAUACCAGUCAGUCAGUAAGCAACUUGGUGCCCUCACUUCAGCUGGAUAACUUGCAGCCCCUUACUUCUGCACUAGCACAGAAACAAACUGAGCUUACUUCUAGUGAUGCCUUAAUCUUACCAGGUAGGUUACUACCAGCAAAUGCCUCUUUGGCAACCUCUAAUCCAGCAUGUUGUGUCCCUCCUGCAGAACCUGCUUAUUCUACUAAAUCUGCAGGGACACGGUUGCGAAAAGGUUCUGUUGAGAGAACACAAGUGGUAACUGCUAACAACAGGAAUCACUUUGAUAGUCAGAAGUCCACAUGGAACACCCGAACCAGAACUGCAAAAGUGAAACCUCGUUUAAAACAAUCUGGGUCUAAAAGUUCAGAAACUGUGGGUAUCCAAAGAAACAAGAAACGGAAAAGUAAGGGUAAUUACCCAGAACCUCCAAAAAAGAAAGUAACGUUGCCCAGAAAGUGCAAGGAAAAAAAUCAAACUCAAGUUGUUAGUGAAUCUGGUGGCCCUUACAAACCAAGAGCAUCAAAAGAAACUGUGAGGAUUUUGAAGUUACUUCCUUUUAAUUCUAAACAGCUUGUAAAAUGCCCCAGGAGAAAUCAACCAGUUGUUGUGCUUAACCAUCCUGAUGCAGAUGUUCCAGAAGUUGUAAACGUAAUGAAAACCAUUGCUAAAUUUAAGGGACACGUUCUUAAGGUUUCACUGUCAAAAAGAACUAUUGAAGCGCUUCUGCAGCCAGCCUUAUGCAAUCCUUUGGAUGUAACUACUGAUGAUCUUUUUCAAAAGAGGCACAGGACAAUAAAACCUAUUAGUCCUGUAAAAGAAAGGUUUGUCUUAAAAUUGACACUGAAAAAGACUAGCAAAAACAAUUACCAGAUUGUGAAAACUACCUCUGAUAAUACCUUGAAAGCUAAGUUUAGCUGCUGGUUUUGUGGUAGAAUAUUUGACAAUCAGGAUAAUUGGGUAGGACAUGGUCAGAGGCAUCUGAUGGAGGCUACUCGAGAUUGGAAUUCAUUAAUACAAUGA